CGCCAUCUAUAAUACCCCUCCCUUAUCUAUGGUUGUGACUUACCACAGUCAAAAAUAACCCUGUGUCUGUUCUUUUUUAGAAUUGCAAACACCCAGUACGUCGUAAUAAAGUUUUUAAGUGAGCAGUGUUGUGUAAAUAAAUAAACAAUCUGGGAAGUUUUGUUUGGUGAAUAGCCGAUUUCCUUCCUGAAUAAAGCCGAUUCAGAUUUUGUUUAUUGUUGCUAGAAAUUAUUGAGUUAUAAUGGCAAGACCCAACACAAUUUAUGAAUCAGCCCAUAAAGGAGAUUUUGAUUUAAUCAAAAGUCGACUGGAUGAAGAUCCUUCACUCUUAACCAAAGAAGAUGAAAACAAACGAAUUUUACUGCAUUGGUGCUCAGUUGGUGGUAAUUUUAAACUUGCUACACAUUUAGUCGAGUUGGGUUCCCCCAUAGACCCUAGAGAUGACACUGACACCACUCCAUUAAUUCUAGCAAGUUCUGCUGGACAUCUAGAAAUCGUUAGUCUCUUAUUAGAAAAGGGAGCAAAUGUAAACCAACAAUCAUCUGAUGGUCAUUCAGCACUUCAAUAUGCUGCUUCAAAAGCUUGGUUGUCGAUCUGCGUUAAAUUAAUCGAUUACAACGCCAACGUUAACAUUAGUGAUAAACGAGGGGCGACUCCUCUGCAUCGUGCAGCUUCAAAGGGUAAUUUAGAAAUAGUUAGACUGUUAAUUCAAAAAGGGGACCACCUUAAAGUAAACGCACGCGACGCCUACGGCUGUACCCCACUCCACUUAGCCUGUGAGGAAGAUAGACAGGAUGUUGCUAAAUUACUAGUUCAGAAUGGAGGAGACCUAGAAACUAAAAAUAGGGAUGGACAAACACCACUAGAAUUGUGUACAAUGCAUUUGAGAAAAGCCCUUGAAGUUAUAAAGUCAAAAACUCGUUAGAGUAUUUUUUUAGUUUGAAUAAAUUUUAUAAAAACCGUUA